GAGAAGGGUCCAGAGUAGCAACUAGGGGAGACAGAUCCACGGAUUCACCGUAAACCAGGUGACAUCUGUUCCCGAGCUGUUCCUGACGGCAGUGAAGCUCAGCCACGAUGACACAGGAGCCAGGUAUUUACACCUGGCCAGAGAAGACACGAAUAAUCUGUUCAGCGUGCAGUUCCGCACCACUCCCAUGGACAGUACUGGUGUUCCUCACAUUCUUGAGCAUACCGUCCUUUGUGGGUCUCGGAAAUAUCCGUGCAGAGACCCUUUCUUCAAAAUGUUGAACCGGUCCCUCUCCACAUUCAUGAACGCCUUCACAGCUAGUGAUUAUACUCUGUAUCCAUUUUCCACACAAAAUCCCAAGGACUUUCAGAAUCUCCUCUCGGUGUAUUUGGACGCCACUUUUUUCCCAUGUUUACGCGAGCUGGAUUUCUGGCAGGAAGGAUGGCGGCUGGAACACGAGAAUCCUAGCGACCCCCAGACCCCCUUGGUCUUUAAAGGAGUCGUCUUUAAUGAGAUGAAGGGAGCGUUUACAGACAAUGAGAGGAUAUUCUCCCAGCACCUUCAAAACAGACUUCUUCCCGACCACACAUACUCAGUGGUCUCUGGGGGUGACCCACUGUGCAUCCCGGAGCUUACGUGGGAGCAGCUUAAGCAAUUUCAUGCCACUCACUAUCACCCAAGCAAUGCUAGGUUCUUCACGUAUGGUAAUUUUCCAUUAGAACAGCAUCUGAAACAAAUUCAUGAGGAAGCACUGAGCAAAUUCCAGAAAAUCGAACCAAGCACCACGGUGCCAUCUCAGACACCCUGGGACAAGCCUAGGGAAUUCCAGAUAACAUGUGGCCCGGAUUCAUUUGCUACAGAUCCCUCUAAACAAACAACCGUCAGCGUUAGCUUCCUCUUACCGGACAUCACCGACACAUUCGAAGCCUUCACAUUAAGUCUUCUGUCUUCACUCUUGACUUCUGGGCCCAAUUCUCCCUUUUACAAAGCCUUGAUUGAAUCUGGCCUUGGCACAGACUUUUCUCCUGAUGUUGGAUAUAAUGGCUACACGAGGGAGGCCUACUUCAGUGUCGGCCUCCAAGGGAUUGCAGAGAAAGACAUUGAGACAGUUGGAAGCCUCGUAGACAGAACGAUUGAUGAAGUAGUUGAGAAAGGAUUUGAAGAUGAUCGGAUUGAGGCUUUACUUCAUAAAAUUGAAAUACAGAUGAAACAUCAGUCUACCAGCUUUGGGCUGAUGCUGACAUCAUACAUAGCUUCUUGCUGGAACCAUGACGGGGACCCUGUGGAGCUCCUGAAGUUGGGAAAUCAGUUGGCUAAAUUCAGACAGUGCCUGCAGGAAAAUCCAAAAUUUUUGCAAGAAAAAGUAAAACAGUAUUUUAAGAAUAACCAGCAUAAGCUGACUUUGUCCAUGAGGCCAGAUGACAAGUAUCAUGAGAAGCAGGCGCAAGUGGAAGCCACGAAGCUCAAGCAGAAGGUGGAGGCUCUGUCCCCCGGAGACAGGCAGCAGAUCUACGAGAAAGGUUUAGAAUUACGGACUCAACAAAGCAAACCUCAAGAUGCCUCUUGUCUGCCAGCGUUGAAAGUUUCAGAUAUUGAGCCCACCAUACCUGUCACAGAGUUGGACGUGGUCCUGACAGCCGGAGAUAUCCCUGUUCAGUACUGCGCCCAGCCCACCAAUGGCAUGGUGUAUUUCCGGGCCUUCUCCAGCCUGAACACGCUCCCCGAGGAGCUGAGGCCCUAUGUGCCCCUCUUCUGCAGCGUCCUCACCAAGCUGGGCUGCGGCCUUCUUGACUACCGGGAGCAGGCUCAGCAGAUAGAACUGAAGACCGGAGGGAUGAGCGCUUCUCCCCACGUGCUCCCUGACGACUCGCACAUGGACACCUACGAGCAGGGUGUGCUUUUCUUCUCUCUCUGCCUGGAUCGAAACCUGCCAGACAUGAUGCAUCUGUGGAGUGAAAUAUUUAACAACCCGUGCUUUGAAGAAGAGGAGCACUUCAAGGUGCUGGUGAAGAUGACCGCCCAGGAGCUCGCCAAUGGAAUUCCCGACUCCGGACACCUGUACGCUUCCAUCAGGGCAGGCCGGACCCUCACGCCCGCAGGGGACCUGCAGGAGACCUUCAGCGGGAUGGAUCAGGUGCGACUGAUGAAGAGGAUUGCAGAAAUGACAGACAUCAAACCCAUCCUGAGGAAGCUCCCGCGUAUCAAGAAACACCUGUUAAAUGGUGAUAAUAUGAGGUGUUCAGUGAAUGCGACUCCUCAGCAGAUGUCUCAGACAGAAAAAGUGGUCGAAGACUUCCUUAGAAGCAUCGGUCGGAGUAAGAAGGAACGGAGGCCUGUGCGCCCACACACGGUCGAGAAACCUGUGCCCAGCAGCUCUGGUGGAGAUGCCCACGUUCUCCAUGGCUCCCAGAUCAUUAGGAAGCUGGUCAUGGAACCCACCUUCAAGCCCUGGCAGAUGAAGACUCACUUCCUGAUGCCCUUCCCGGUGAAUUAUGUGGGCGAAUGCAUCCGAACUGUCCCCUACACGGACCCAGAUCAUGCCAGGUAAAAAUUGCAUGGAUUUAGGCUGAGACCUCUGAUAAACAUGGUAGAUUAAGCCUUCGUGAGGACAGAUGCAUGGAAUGACAGUAAAGGUAGAUCAAGACACGAAGCCACAAGGGAGAGUGGGAGGUGACCCAGGCAGCCAUGGGGGCUGCAGGAGAACCUCAUGAGCCAGACUGUGGGUGGGUGGGGGGUGCCUGACCCAGGGCCACAGAGGGACAGGACGGUGGGGAGAAACCGGGUGGUCCUGCAGAGCCCUGCAGAUGGCAGGGCUGGAGGCCGCCUCACAGUCCCUCUGAGGAGUUUGCCUCCCCUGUCUCCCCACCAAGUCAGAAGCUCAGAGAAGGAGGCCCUGGGUUGAGCGGCCGAAGCCACAGCCGAGAGUGAGGGUCAGGCCUGUUCCCAAAGUGGCGUGGGGCGAGGGAGUUUGCAGCCUACGGACUGGCCCUCCAGCCCCUUCUUCCGAAGUGUGGCUACCCCUCGGCUGUGUUCAUCCCAUCUGCGGAAACUGGCCAGACCAGGAGGACAGAUUCAUCGACAUGCACCUUUGGGGACCCGUCAGUUGGGUGUGGAUGACACAGAUCUGUGCAUACAUGUUAUAUCCCGGAAAUUCACUUCCUGUAUCCUUGUCCCAGGCAGCUACCCCCAUGAGGGACUAAACCAAGGAGGAGACCCCCAGGGUCUGGCUCCAACCUCGCUGGUCCCAACUGACGGCGACCCAGCCACCCGAGUGGUGCUGCGUUUCUCCUGGAGGGCCCACACGAGUUGGUUGUGACUUCUCCCAGCACAGCCCCUGGGAACACGCCCACUCCUUCCUUGAUUUCCCACCUGGCCUAUUUGACCCCCCCUUCAUCUGCUUUGGGAAAUGGCACAUCUGUGGAAGUGGUGACCCGGGGCUGAUCUCGCCACGGGCGUCUUUAAGGAGCCUGUGUCUUUGCUGCAGACGCUACCAUCAUUGCCUGCCCUGCCUUCUGUCGGAGGUGGAUGUGUUCUGGAAUCAUCUAGAAUGUGAUGUCACCACUUGCAGUGGAAGGCAGAGGAAAUCAGCCCCGUUCCUAGAAAUGUGCUUUAUCGGAGAGUGUGUGUUUUCUUAAGGGAUUCCUAUACUCAGAGUUUGACUUCAGUUUCCUUUUUUUUCCAUAUUCAGAUGUGAGACAUUUAAAUGUUCAUUUGCACAUUUGCCUUUACAAUAGAAAUAACCUCUUUCUGCUUUACCAGAUUCUAAAAAUGCCACAUAUGCAUUGGAACAAGUUAAGCAGUGUGGUGCUGGAAGUGUUAGAUUCCCUCCCCACCACCUCUCCCUUCGACCCUGUAAUCCAAGCCAACUGCUUGAAAAUUGUGCUUCCUUGUGCUUUUUAGUUUUUGUUAAUUAAAAAGAAAAUCUCAUGCCUGUAAGCCCAGCACUUUGAAGUUAGGAGGAUCACUUGAAGCCAGGUGUUUGAGACCAGCCUGGGCAACAAAGCUAGACCCUGCCUCUACAGAAACUGUAAAAAUAGGCGUGGUGGCACGCACCUGUAGGCCCGGCU